GUUUAUAUGAGAGAAAGUGAGAAAGCAAAGAAGAGGUGGGAGAAAUAAAACGGACGUUUGUGCUAAAUCGCCUAUUAAUUCGAACGAUAGUUGUAAUUGAACGGACAGACGAGAAAGAGAAACAACUCUGCCGCAUCAACAAGAUCUAGUAAUAAGCGGCUAAAUUUUAUUUUGAGAACUUGGAAUGUCGUUAUAAUUAGUACAGUUAUUAGUAGCUCUCUUAUAUAUUUUGUUCUUUUAGUGCUCAAAUUCAUAUUAGUGCAUGUACGUACGGAUUACAUAUCGUAAUAAUAUAUUCUUUGAGAUAUAUUCCUAACUGUUCUGCACUCUUCAAUGUUUUUCUUAUUAAAGAAAAUGUCAAACUGAAGCUGGAGAAAAAUUGGACUGCAUCAGAAAAAAUUUGGAAAAGAAGAAUAAUUUAAUCUUUGAUUUUGUAUCUUCCAAUCAUUACAUCACAAUUCCAAUUUAUCGAAAAGUGAACGAUCAUUUUUCCCUUUGCAAUAAGUCAUAACUUUUGUCACUUGUCUCCAAGGCCGGACAAUCUGUCCACAAAAAUUCAAUAUAUCUGAAAAAUUUAUGCAGUAUCCGAAUAUCAUGAAUGAAUAUCAAGCUAAUCAAUUGAUCAAAUUGAACACUACGUCAAAUAUGACUCCAUUAGAGUUUCGCUCCAGUGAGAAUAUCAAUUCUAUGCGGAACAUUUUACAGUGUCCGUUAUGUAUAUUCACUGCAUUAAACAGGUCAGAAUUCGCCGAACACUUAAUUAAUCAUUGCACACUGAAGAGCAACAAUUCCAGUUUUAAAGCCAUCCUUACAUCCUUAUUAAAUCAAGAUGCAGGUGACAACUUUCGUUCUCCUUUUACACUAACGAAAUAUAUCCAACACGAGACAGAAAAGACCGGCGAAUCAUCCGUUCAUGUUUCCUGCGUGAAUUCGCAAAGCAACGUAAGCUUCAGACAAGAUGGAAAAGGCUUCCGAGAGGCUAAGAAUUGCAAACAGUGCAAUUUUAUAGCUAGCACGAAAAUCGAAUAUUGGCAGCACAUGCGCUGUCAUAUCAAAGGCUUUACAUGCUCCGAGUGCUCCUUUGUUACCAAGUAUAAGCAUCAUAUGAAUCAUCAUUUGCUUAGUGUUCACGACGGCUCCAAGCCCUUUAAAUGCAAAAAGUGUUCAUAUAGGUGCGUAAGUAAAUCGAUGCUAACCAGCCACCUGAAGAAGCACUCAAAUAUCUAUCCGUACAGAUGCGCGGAUUGUACGUACAAAACCAAGUUCUGUAACGCGCUAAAAAAACAUUUACGGAAGAAGGAGCAUCAGCCAGCGAUGGUGUUAAACGCUGACGGUUCACCGAAUCCGCUAUCCUUCAUCGAUAUUUAUGGUACCAAACGCGGACCCAAGCAGAAACCAUCGACUAAAAAUCAGGAAGUAUCUAUAGUAGAGACUUCUCCACCUUUAUCUUCAUUUAAUUCGUCAAUUGCUCGUUAUUUAACUGUGACUGCGAUAAACGGAGUGAACAAUGGGAAUUGGUUAAAUCAUAAUGACAUAAAUAAAAAUCAAUCUAUCGCGACGUUUCCUUACAGCGAUUUGAUCGCCGCGUUCAAUUUGUCGAAUCACGUUUUGCUUCGCGAAGAUGAGACAUUCGCAAAUCAUGAAAAUGUGCAAAAAAUAGAUCGUGCUGCACAAUUCAGUACGUUAACGGAGUAUGCAAAGAUUUUAAAUACGGAGGACGACGUAAUACCGCAGAUAUUUGCUCUAAGUCCUGUAUCUCAUUUCGAUGUAAUUAAUAAACACUGCAGCGAAUCUCAUAAUUCCGAUAGUGUGAAGGCAGCUUCCAACGAAUCCUCGACAUUCGUGACAGUAAAAACCCUGCAGCUAGAGCGUCAAAUGACGGAAUCUGCAGACAUGCCGUUGGAUCUCUGCAUGACUGAUGUGCAGAUAAGAAAGAAUCAGUUUCAGUUUCAGGCAUUAGCAAAUAUGAAUUCAUCAAAAAUUUCAGGUACCAGCAAACGUAAAGGUAAAGCGAUAAAGCUGGAACGUCGCUUAAUAAAAGAGAACACGGAAAAAAAGCUAGAGAAAAACGAAGAUAUAUCUUUUAAAUCUUCGUCGGACAACAGAUCCGAUUUUCGCCAAGUAAGCCAGAAAGUCAAAGACACUAAGAACGAAGCUGUUCCUAAUUUAUUCGACAUCAAACUCACCUGUCACUAUUGUGAGAUCAUAUUCGGCAAUGCGAUCAUGUACACCGUGCAUAUGGGUUGUCACAGUUUUGAUAAUCCUUACACAUGCAAUAUAUGCGGCUACCAAUGCACCGAUAGAUUAUCUUUUUUUAUGCAUAUCGCUCGGUCAGAGCAUUAAGGUAAAGCAAAAAUAAAAAUAUCUAUAAUCGAACGAUCGAUGUGCUUUGAUCUAAAGAAAAAAAAUUUUUCAUAAAUGUACAGUUGUGACACAAAACCAUUUGGCGAAUAAAUGGAAUAAACUAUAGGCUAGGAAAGAUAGGAUAAGAAAAAAUUUUUCAAGAUAAUUUUAAUCGAAAAUAUUGAAUAAAAAUGCUUUAACAGGCGUUAUUUGCAUUUAUCAGUUCGAUAUAAAAUUAAAAUAUACACAUAUACAUAUAUAACUUUAAAAAAUCUGAAAGUCAUAUAUAUCGAUUGAUAUCGUACACGUACACACGCACACACACGCGCACACACACACAC